AUGGGAAAUCUCCAGGAGUCCCUGGAGCUCCCUCAGACCUCCUGGGACGUCUCCCAGGGUGGCAGCCAGUUACUCCUGACAUGUCUGUCAAAAAAUUUUCCGUCUCGGUCUCGGUCUCGGUCUCGGUCUCGGUCUCGGUCUCGGUCUCGGUCUCGGUCUCGGUCUCGGUCUCGGUCUCGGUCUCGGUCUCGUCUGUCAUCCCAGAACUCACUUUGUAAAGCUGGAUUCACAGUGAAUAGAUUAGAGUAAACAAUCUUGGCUCCUGUUGGUACAGUACUGGAGCUCAGCUUUCAGUUGUCUCCACCACAAAAUGCACAGCAUAUGGAUAUUCCCUGGUUCAGGUCCCACUAUACACAGCCUAUUUAUCUAUAUAAGGAUGGCAAAGACAUGUUUGGAGAAAUUAUCCCCAAAUGUGUUGAGAGAAUAGAAUGUUUGAAGGAUGCCAUUGGAGAAGGGAGACUGACCCUCAGGAUCCUUACUGUCAGUUCUGAUGGUGAAGGGCAAUAUCACUGCAUCUUCAAAAGUGGCAAAUUCUCUGAAGAGCACAUCACAGAAGUCAAGGUUUCAGCUGGGAAAUCCCGGGUUCAAAUUCUUGUUCAUCCUCCUACUACCAAAGGUGUAAUAGUGGAGUGUCAUUCAGGAGGUUGGUUCCCACAGCCCCGUUUGGAAUGGAGAGACAACAGAGGAGGGUUCAUUCCAGAUGCAUCAAAAUUCCAUUCACAGGACAGAGACACACUGUUCAAUAUGACAAUAACCUUUCUCCUUACAGACAACUCCUUCAGGAAUGUCACUUGUUGCCUUUACAAACCUCUAACAGGCCAAAAGGAAAGCACAAGCACUGUUCUAUGGAUAAAAUUCAUAUAUUCAUUAUUGAAAUAA